AUGCAGAUGGUGGUAGCGGUGGCGAUGAUGGUGGUAGUGGCGGUGGUGAUGGUAGUAACGAAGAUUGUGUUGGGCCGGAUGAUGGCUUCGAUUCUUCUUAUGAAUGCGUCGGUGCCGCCGCCGUCUCUUGGCCGCGUACAGUGGCACCGGAACAGGAGACCCUGGGGGCGGGGGCGUAUCGCCGAGGCGUGCUGGCAAUGCCCGAUCUGCCAAGGCGUCGCCCGCCGAGGACGGGGCGGGGGCCCGAGACGUAUCGGUGGCGCCACCACCUCGGGCCCUGAGAGUGGCUCUAAGGCCCUCCAAUGGGCGAAGAUAGUCAGCGCGAAAAAUGCUGCAAGCAGCGCUGAACAGUCGGCAUUGGUCUCCCGUCCUCCGAGACGGCAUCGUAAUGACCGGGCAGGUAGCAGAAACUGUGUUACGGAAAAACCUGGGGUCAGGGGCGCGAACUGCAACCGAGAACCCCGCGAUACGAGCGGCAAUGUAUGUCGCGGCCGAAUUGGGGCUUGUCGUGGACGCGGCAACAGUAAGAGUGCCGCGGGAGGUAGGAGGGGGGGUGAAGCAGAGAGCCUCGAGAGGGGGGAAACCCAACGCGGGCCAGGAACGUCUGCUACCAGGAACAGCGAGGUGAAAGAGCCAAGUGGGACAACGUCUAUUGUGGGUGAUGACAGCUACUCGGGCAAUUCUUUCGCUACUGACGAUGAUACCGAGAACAUAUGCCUCGAAGACGGAGAAGAAGGCCCCGAAAGCAGAGCUUCGAGAACCGAAGAGCUCCGGGUCAGCGGUAUCCGAACCGAAGACGACGACGCGACGGUCGGAGCCAUCCCAAGCACGGUUGUCGAGACGGGACGAAGUAUUGAUUAG